GGCUAGUAAAUGGAUGAUCUCAGACGAUGGACGGUGGAGAUGGAAGGAGAGAAAUCAGGGUUUGUAAGAGAAAUCUGAUCAUUAAUGGCGAGCUUUAGCUGAAUGGAAAUUGGGCAACCUUUUCAAACCCCUCGAUUUCCAGCUUUCCUUAUUUACAACGAACAGAGGAAAUGCAAUGGCGGACGAAAAUGUGGUUGUGGGCUGCACAUGAGAAAAAACUGAGUCACUCACACAAGAACAACUCCAACAACCAUCACACGGUUCCGAUUUCUUUCUUUCUUUUCUUGCUUUCGUGUAAUUAUUAAUGAGAGAGAUGAUAUAUAUAUAUAUAUAAUAUUGUGAUUCAAUAGUUCUUCCCAAAAAUAGCUGAAGAAAAGGAAAGAGGCGGACAGCUUCUCCAAUUACGCCCCCCAUAAGCGUUUCUCUCCCCCAUUUUUCUCUCUGUCCGUUUGAUUUCCGAAACCGAGACCAGCCUGGAUCGAUCGAUCGAUCUCCGGUUCCCGAUUACUGGAAAAAGGAUGAUUUGGUUGGAUUUGUGUUGGCUGAAUUGAUAGCUCAAGAGAUAGAUAGGUAGAAAGAUUAAAUGAUUAGUUUUGCAGAAGGCUUUGGAUUUCAAAAAUCUUUGGAAGAAGAAAACACAGAAACGAAGGGAAUUCAGAAUAGAGGUAGAAGUUAGGGUUUGAUUUGGGAUUGAAAGAAGCAAAAGUGUUGAAUGAAAUGUUGCCUAAAAGUGGAGACCAUCACACGGUCCCAUUAUCAGUGUUGUUGAAGAGAGAAUCGGCGAAUGAGAAAGUCGAAAGGCCGGAAAUAGUGCAUGGCCAAGCGAGCCAGAGCAAGAAAGGCGAGGAUUUUACAUUCGUUAAGACUGAAUGCAAAAGGGUGUUAGGCGACGGCGUCACAAACUACUCUGCAUUCGCGUUGUUUGACGGUCACAAUGGAUCUGCGGCAGCUAUAUAUUCGAAGGAGAAUCUCUUGACCAAUAUCUUGACUGCUAUUCCUGCAGAUCUCAACAACGACGAAUGGCUGUCUGCUCUGCCCCGGGCUUUCGUUGCAGGCUUUGUCAAAACAGAUAAAGAUUUUCAAGAAAUAGCGCAAACUUCGGGAACAACGGCGACGUUUGUAAUAAUCGAGGGAUGGGUUUUAACUGUUGCUUCUGUUGGCGAUUCCCGUUGUGUGCUCGAAUCUGCUGAAGGUGAUAUAUAUUACUUGUCGGCGGAUCAUCGACUAGAAUGCAGCGAAGAAGAGCGGGAACGAAUAACUUCGAGUGGUGGUGAGGUUGGCCGUCUUAAUACUGGCGGCGGGACGGAGAUUGGUCCUUUACGAUGCUGGCCGGGAGGGCUGUGUCUUUCUCGAUCUAUUGGUGAUAUGGAUGUCGGAGAGUUUAUAGUUUCGGUGCCUUACGUAAAGCAAGUGAAGUUAUCUUCAACUGGUGGGAGGCUUAUUAUAUCGAGCGACGGUGUUUGGGACGCUUUACCUCCAGAAACGGCAUUCGAGUGCUGUCGAGGGAUGCCGCCCGACGCUGCAGCGUCGCAGAUCGUCAAGGAAGCUGUACAGGUGAAGGGCCUUAGAGACGACACGACGUGUAUCGUCGUGGACAUACAACCUCCGGAAAAACCCGAGCCCCCUAAACUACAUCCGAAGAAGCAAGGGAAACGGGUCUUCAAGGCGAUGUUUCGUAGGAAAACGUCGGAAUCGUCAUCUCAUCACAACAAAGACGAGUAUGCCGAGCCAGAUGUCGUCGAGGAACUCUUCGAGGAAGGAUCCGCUUCCCUCUCCGAAAGGUUGGACUCGAAGUACCCGGUGUGCAACAUGUUCAAGCUGUUCAUGUGCGCCGUCUGCCAAGUCGAGAUUAAACCGGGAGAAGGCGUGUCGAUACACACGGGCUCGACCAAUUCGAGAAAAAUACGAUCUUGGGACGGUCCUUUCCUCUGCACGAUGUGCCAAGAGAAGAAGGAAGCCAUGGAAGGGAAAAGACCGUCGGGAGCUCGUCGAUACAGUAGCAGCGGAAGUGAAUAGUCCAGCGAUUCUCAUCCAUCGAAUGCGAUGAUCAUUCCGAGACGGCGCGACGAUCAACAACCCGCCUCCUCGGAAAAUUUUCUAACCUUCGCCGUGUGUAAAUGUACUGUUGUGUCCUUACUAUACAGUUUGUGUAGAAGACAUAUUUGCUCUUACAUCGUCAUAUAAACACAACACAUUGAUUUUCCUUGGACAGAUCUAUAUCUGUGUAGAGAAUUGUUGUCGGGAUUCUUUCCUUGUUA